CGCCGCGAGCGGAGCGGGAGGAGCGGCGCGGCCGGCGAGGAGCGCGACCGGAGCUCGGCUCAGCCCUGCCAAGCUCAGCCCAGCCCAGCCGGGGCUCAGCCACCCCCGCCCGGACCCAGGAUGCACAGAGCUCAUUCAUGAAGCUGAAACACUGCAGCCUGAAGAACAGAAAGGCUCCAGGAGAACAAUUUCAGUGCAAUUGUGGCUUUAUGUAAGAAAGGCACAGAGCACAGGUAAUAACCGAAGAUGGCCUCACAGCAGGAGAGUGAGAUCAGAUUGGCAGUGCAGCAGUCAGUGGCAUGAUUGAAGACAAGAUAAAAAGCAGGCUACAGCAAAAGGUGUGAGCUUCAUAUUUUCUCCCUGAAACUAGGUUACAGCUGGGGAGUUCAAGAUGAUUCCAAAUUACUCUACUGAAGAAACUGUUAAAAGAAUCCACGUGGACUGUCCCGUUUCAGGACGGCACAGCUACAUCUACAUUAUGGUUCCAACCGUUUACAGCAUCAUCUUUAUCAUAGGCAUAUUCGGGAACAGCCUGGUCGUCAUCGUCAUUUACUGCUACAUGAAACUCAAAACCGUAGCCAGCAUCUUUCUUCUCAACCUGGCCCUGGCUGACUUGUGCUUUUUGAUAACUCUGCCCCUCUGGGCAGCCUACACAGCCAUGGAGUACCAGUGGCCGUUUGGCAACUGUUUGUGCAAGUUGGCCUCGGCGGGGAUCAGCUUCAACCUGUACGCCAGCGUGUUCCUGCUCACCUGCCUGAGCAUCGACCGCUACCUGGCCAUCGUGCACCCGGUGCAGUCGCGCGUCCGCCGCACCAUCUUCGUGGCGCGCGUCACCUGCAUCGCCAUCUGGCUGCUGGCCGGCGUGGCCAGCCUGCCCGUCAUCAUCCACCGCAACAUUUUCUUCGCCGAGAACUUGAACAUGACGGUCUGCGGCUUCCGCUACGAGAGCAAUAACACGACGCUCCGGGUCGGGUUAGGGUUAUCCAAAAAUUUGCUGGGCUUUUUAGUUCCUUUUCUGAUCAUAUUAACAAGCUACACCUUAAUUUGGAAGACUCUGAAGAAGGCAUAUCAAAUUCAAAAAAAUAAGACUAGAAAUGAUGAUAUCUUCAAGAUGAUUGUAGCAAUUGUGUUUUUCUUUUUCUUUUCCUGGAUUCCUCAUCAAGUGUUCACUUUUCUGGAUGUGUUGAUCCAAUUACAUGUAAUAACAGAUUGCAAAAUCACCGAUAUUGUGGAUACAGCUAUGCCCUUCACCAUUUGUAUCGCCUACUUUAACAACUGUCUGAAUCCCUUUUUUUAUGUUUUUUUUGGAAAAAACUUUAAAAAAUACUUCCUUCAGCUAAUAAAAUACAUCCCACCAAAUGUCAGCACGCAUCCAAGCCUCACAACCAAAAUGAGCUCCCUCUCCUAUCGGCCACCAGAAAAUAUCCGCUUGCACACCAAAAAGACUGCCGGGCCUUUCGACACCGAUUGAGGCAUUUCACAGGGUUCUUCUUUUGAACAACCUUGUGUGCGAAGCAGCAAGAACAACAAGAUUCAUCUGCGGUCCUGAACGUCACAGCUCAUUACAGCAACACUGGAUCACCUCAGAGAAAUCAUACUGGAAAGAGUCAGCAGUGGCCUUUCAGCUCAUGUUGUAAAGAGGACUGCUUCAUUUGCAUUUGGUUUUUCUUUACUGAAAGCAGCCUCAGUGUUGGACAGGUGUGUCAGAGUUCCUGCCACAUCCCACCGUUUGCUCAGAACUACGAAAGAAGGGGAGGGAAAACUCCUAACUUAAGUUCACAGGUGUUUCAAAAGGAAAAGCUUGUAUAAAUAACAUGAAACACAAAGAACCUGACUUGCAUAUAUGCGAGCUAUUCUGUUGAAGAAGUGAAGCUUUGUUUCUUGUUUUGUUGGUUUAUUUUUAAUUACAUAAAUGUCCUCUAAUCAUAUUUAUAAUAUAUUUUCAAAUAUAUGCUAUAUAUAGAGGCCCAAUUUUAAACUCAAAUGGAAAUUUAAGGUCCUUGAAAUUGAUCUUAUUCUGAUUUAUGCUACUAUUUUUUAAUGGCAGUUUUUUCAUAAUAUUAUAUGCAAUAAAAUGCAGAUUUAUUUAUUAAAUAUAGAAUAAAUAUAUUUUUAGAUUUAUAUUCCUACUCCUACAUUUCAAACAUUGCUUCAGAAAUGUACAUUUCUAUCUCAGUGGGUAUUUUUGUAAUAGUUAAAAAAAUAACUAUGUGCACAGAAACAGGGUUCACUCAGCCUUUCAUGAUAAGCCUCCCUGACUUUGAACAGCUUUAUAUACAGAGGGAGUUGAUUCCACACUCUGUAUGACUAAAAUUAAAAAAUUUCAAAUUCCUGCACAUCUAAUAAACUCGUAUACUAAUAAGCAAAAAAAUGACAAUGCUUAUGCAUCAGUUUAACUAAUAAUAAUUUUAGUCCCAUUGCAAAACAUCCAAGAUCAAACUUUACUCUUGGCUUUUAUGGAACCUUCCCCCCAUUUAUAUAAAAUCAUGCCCAGGGUAUUUUCUCACUGUAGAACAUUUUUUUUAUUUACAUGGAACAAAUUGAGAUUUAUACUAGCAUAAAUCAGAACUAAAGUCUGGCUCAAAGUCUCAUUACAAAUCAAGAGGAAAGGUGACAAGCACUGUGGGAAGUUUCCACCAAUGAUAUCCUCAUAUGUGUCCUUUUUAUCUCAAAUAAUGAGCUUCAGAAAAUAUUGAUGCCUGAUUCACACCCAUUUAUUGUCCUCAAAGAUAGCGAGUUCAUAAAUAGUUGUUGACACUACAAAACUUAAGAAAAAAUCCACAACUUUUUAUAUAUCAUGUGGAAAACUACAUGCUCCUUAAGAACUUACAGUAUUUGUUAUCUUCAAAAUCACACCUCUAAUGUGGCUUUGUCUCAAGUAGCGAGUGGUUGGAUUAUCCAUAUUUUCUGAUUAUCAAAAUCAAAACACACAAAAGUUAUUUCUGUAGUUGAAUACUUCUUAAGGAAAAAAUGGGCCUCCAGCCAGGUCUAGAAAUCUUCCUACUCUUUCAUUCACUUAUACUAAAGGAAGUUUUUUCCAGUUUUGCCUCUGUUCUUCCAGCUGCAAAAAUGGGAACAAUGUGUCUACUCAAAUACAUUGCAAGGCGCUGUGACAAGUCACAACUUCUAAAGCUAUAUGAUAAAGAAAACUCUUUCAUUAAAACUAAUUGCAAGCUAGUAUCUUGACAUUUGAAGCCUGAACGUCAUUUUACUAUGUCAUUUAAAGACAUAUUUAAAUUGUUAUACUGAAUACUUUCUAUUUAGCUCAUAUCCUUACAUGUGAGACAGCCAUUUGCUUAAAUUGAAUAUGGCAAUAAGCCCAUGCAUUAUCAAGAGCACCCAGAAGAGGACCAGUGCCCCAGCACCCUCUAAGCUGACAAAGGACGGGCAGAGAUUGCCAUUUUUCUCUAUAUUUUGUUCAUGGACACACAUGCUGAGCAGCAGUGGGAGCUUCGUCUGGCAGAAGCAUCUCUGUCCAGCCAUAAUUCUGUGUGCUGUGCUUGCCACCUGCUGGAUGCAGCCACAAAUUUGCUUUACAUCUCAAAAGUUGUCACAGGAAGAAACAGGAACACUUCCCUGCCACCUGAAGGAUCUGAAGAUCCUCACCUGUGGCUAAACUCCUCUAUAAAUAAAACACAAACUUGUCCAUCUGGGAGGCCAGUAACUUCCUUGACAGGGUCUAAGCAAGCGUUUUCUCAUCACCUGCUCAUCCCUUCAGUCACUGAAACCCAGUGUCCCCCAGUGACAACAGGGAACUCACUUGCAAAACAUUGACUGCAUUACCACAAGAGUCGUCUCAAAGAGAAGACAAAAAUCAAAGCCAUUGGUUACUGAUCUUGAUCAUUGCAUGCCAAAUCCUGCAGUUUUAAGAGGCUGUGCAUCCUGAGGUACUGGUGCCACCUGCAUGUGCCAUGUGAAAAAGCAGGAGCGUGCACAUUCAGCUGUGUUACUGCAGGAAAGGUAGGAAGGGACUGCACCUGGUGUGCUCUGAGGGCAGCACAGACCUUGAAUCGAUAGGCAAAGAAAGUGGAGGGGAGAGCUUUCCUAAAUAACACAGGGAGAUUUUCAUUCUCCGAAGGAGUAAGGAAACAAUCAUCAGCUGCCAAAUAUGCUAGCUCCUUAAAAGAAAUUAAAAAAAAAAAAACCAGCAGAUAGCAGAUACUGGAAAGCCACUCUAACUGGGUAGCAGCAGAAAGUAAGCUCCUUGAAGCACAGAGUUACUGUGUACAACCAGAUGUUGCAGUUUCACAACAUCCCAAACUGAUACCCAAGGGAAUAGCCUGCAGGAUGGGCACCCACACCUCUUCCAUGAUGUAUCUGCAACCUAGGCAGGUGCUGGGAAAUAUGUGAUGGCUGAGCCUUACACUCCCCUGCCCACCUGUGCAUGGGGCAGGCAGAGCACAGGCGAGGCAGAGGGGACAGUCUGGCCUUUGCUGGGGACCCUUGGCCCACUGAGGGGCACAAUAUUCUUUGGUGCAAGGACCUACCCAAUGCCAGCAAAGGAGGGAGUAAGAUUUGGCUCUGUAUGACUUUGCCAUCUUUGGGGAACUUUGGAUUAAGUCCUCUUAAUAUCAAAAGAAAACUGGCUGCAGACGUUUAAGAACAAAUUCACAUUACCUUAAAAUCCACAAAACUAAAACUAUUAAUAUGCAAUAGUAUGCAGUUAUUUUUAAAAGAAGCAUCCACUGUGCUUUUCAUUGUUGUGAUGACCAGAGUAAAAUACUACAAACUCUUAAUCUGUCCUUGUGCUCUCCUUUUGUGAGGAACCCAAGUCGGUACUAAUAGGAACAGCAUAUACAGGCAGUACAACCCCCCUUCCACCACAAUUUGAUUUAUUUGAAUGAACAACUCUUUUUUUGCUGAAUAAUUACUAAAUUACAUAUUUGACAUGUACACGCAUAUUAUCUAUUUCUAUUUGUUGUGCAAUAGUACUUUCUGUGACUCAUGUUUUGUGCUCUACUCCCUGCUUGUUCUCCCAUUGCACGCCCGUCCUAAAUCAUACUGUAUAAUCUACACUGGUUAGCCUGAAUUCCAACAAAAUCAUUACAGAUAGAGCAGGAAUUAAUCUGGCUUCUCAGCCUAACAAUUUCCUCGUGUUUACAUUGUUAAUCAAGAGGUUGCAGGGUAAGCACAAGACCAAAAGUCCUUUACCUUGCCAGCAUUACUAUUUUGGUGAUAGUUUCCAUUGUCUACUUGAAACUAUGACAGCAGCAGCAGAGAAUACAGUAAGUUUUCUAGUUUUGCUUGAAUAGCUUCAGCAAAGGUUUCUUUUGAUAAACCUGACCUCCUUUUUAAGGAUACUGAAGUGCAGGUAUUCCCAGGGAAAUAUUUGCCACUGAAAAGAGAAACAAAUCCUUGGGAGAGGGUGGUUGAAGGCCUAAAACAGGGACUUGUUGAAUUUGUAAAUAUUAAGUGUUAAAUGUAAAUAUUUAUUUUUGUUUUGCAACAGACUGGAGGGAAAAACACACACACACAAAGAAUAAAUCAUUCAGCUUAGUGCAAAGCCAGGGCUGUUCUAUCAAUCACUGCGUGCACCUCCACAGCGACCUCCCAGCCAAGGCUGAGCUAACAAACCCUCAAUGCUACAGCCCAGCCCAAGCUCAGUGCCACCAGUGAGCUCUGCAGGUGUGGCAGGACACUCGAGGGACAGGGACAGAGCAGAUCAUGUCUGAGAACAGCAUUGUGUGAUCUUUUUAGUGGACUAGUGCCAUGGGCUCCAGCUUUGUAGUUGAAAAGUUAGGUAACAAAAACUAGGUAUUAUUUUUUUUCAAUAUUUUUGUGCAGUUGCAAUUUGUGACUCGUGGAUGUUAAUUGUUUUCUCUUUUGAUAGCCAUAGUUUUAUAUUGUAGAAGUUUACCUUGAUUAUAUAGCAACUUUCACUGUCUGAAGUAUUACUGAAAACAUACAGGUCAUCAGUAAAUGUCUUUGUGAAAGUCAUCUCCACUGCUGUGUUAAGCAGCCAAAGCAAAGAUCUGUUUCUGUGUUGUUGUAAGUACUAUACUGUUAUCUGUACAACUACAGCUAUAUAUAUAUGUAUAUAGAAAUAAUUUUUAGGCAAUAUCAUCCUUAAAGUA